AUGGAUGGUUCCUGCAAUAUUAUCCUGUUUGUUUUUCUUUGGUUGAUUACCUUGUCAAGUAUUGAUUUAUGUAUUUGCAGUGCAUCCUCUGAGGCUCAGUGCAUUACAAGUGAGCGAGAUGCUUUGCUUACUAUGAAGCAUUAUCUCUCAGAUCCUUUAAACAGACUUGCCUCUUGGUCUCCUCAUGGAAUUAAUUGUUCCCAUUGGGAUUUUGUUGUUUGCAGCAACAUCACAGGCCACAUUCUUGAGCUCCACCUCACAACUCCGCCUCCUUUUGAGUUCAAAGAUGAGAUUAUGAGACAUUAUGGUUUGGUGGUGAGAAAUUUUUUUGGAGGUUUGCAAAUUCCUGAUUUUCUUGGUUCAAUGACAAGCUUGAAAUAUCUUAACUUGUCUCAUGCUGAGUUUGGUGGAAGAAUUCCUCUUCAUUUUUGGAAUCUUUCCAAUUUGAUAUAUCUUGACCUUAGCAAUAAUUAUUUUGAAGGAAGUAUUCCUCAUCAAAUUGGAAGUCUCUCCAAUUUGCAGUAUCUUGACCUUGGAAACAAUUAUCUUCUAAAUGGAAGCAUUCCUCAUCAAAUUAGAAAUCUCUCCAAUAUGAUCCAUCUUGACCUUGGAGGUAAUGAUUUUAGUGGAAGCAUUCCUCAACCAACUGGAAACCUCUCGAAUCUAUUCUAUCUUCAUCUCGGAGGUUUUAAUUUGUCCCAUGAAGAUGAUUAUGGAUCUUACAAAUCUUUUGAAAAUCUUCAGUGGUUUUCAUCUCUUUCAUCUUUCCAAUCUCUUUCUUCUCUCCAAUAUCUUGAGCUGAGUUAUGUAAACCUAUCCAAUGCCUUUGAUUGGUUGCAAGUUCUGCAUUCACUUCUCUCUUUGAGAUCACUUACUCAUUUCUUGUGUCAUAAACAAGAGGAGAAAAAGUCCUUGCAGUUUCUUCAUUUGGCAUCAAAUAAUUUGUCAAGGAAAAUACCUGAUUGCUGGAUGACAUGGCCAUAUCUUACAACGGUGAUCUUAGAAAACAACAAUUUCAAUGGGAUCUUACCCACAUCCAUGGGAUCCUUGUUGUGGUUGCAAAUGUUGUAUCUUCGUAAUAAUAAUGUUUUAAGAAAUUUUCCUACCAUUUUGAAGGACAAAGCCAACUUGAUUUCCUUAGAUUUAGGGGAUAAUCAAUUUUCAGGAGUGAUUCCAUCAUGGGUUGGACAAAGUUUGUCAAAUCUAAAGGUUCUUGUUCUUAGAUCAAACAAAUUCUUUAGUUCCAUUCCUUCAGAAAUUUGUGCCAUGAGUUCUCUCCAAAUCUUGGAUUUUGCAUAA